GGUUUACGUAAAGGAAAGUAGUGGAUGCUUGUUUAUUAAAUGUUAAGUCUGCGGAGAAGUUGGAUUUUAUUUGUUUCUUUAUGCGCCGACUUUUUGGGUUUGCAGCAGUUUGAUGGGAUUCGCGAGUACUAUAUAAAAUCAGAUUGGCAGGUUAAAUUGAUUGUUCCAUUCCAUUAAAGAAUUGGCUGGAUGGAGAGAGACCAUCCAGAUAUUGCCACCCCUGGAAAGAUGGAUCAAAAUGAUCUUCAAGGUUCUAACCCUGACCUCAAUAAGGUCAACAGCGAGCCAAAUGCUUUGCGUGUUUCUACUUCCCCCGACAUCGCGGAGACUCCUACCCAGAAACCUGCGGAAAAGGUUGCUUCUUUAGCAGGGGAACAAGAAAAUCAGAUCAGAGAGAAUGAGGAGAAUCAUAGUGAAAAUGCUCAAAACCAGAUGGUGCUUUAUGAUCCUGCUGUCGCUGCAGCUGGUGAAGUUGAACCUCUCCGUGCUCGGAGAAACUCCUUCCAAAAUUAUACAUCUAGGGUUUUGCCAUCUGUAGGGGCAUUUACUGUGCAGUGUGCUAGCUGUUUCAAAUGGCGGCUCAUACCUACAAAGGAGAAGUAUGAAGAAAUAAGGGAACACAUAUUGGAGCAGCCCUUCUAUUGUGAAACAGCUCGUGAGUGGCGUCCAGAGGUAUCGUGUGAUGAUCCACCUGACAUCACUCAAGAUGGAAGCAGGCUGUGGGCAAUUGAUAGACCUAACAUUGCUCAGCCUCCUCCAGGGUGGGAACGGCUUUUAAGAAUCAGAGCAGAAGGAGGCACCAAGUUUGCUGAUGUGUACUAUGUUUCGCCAUCUGGCAAGAGACUUCGUUCCAUGGUUGAAGUUCUAAAGCACUUGGAGGAACAUCCGGAGUAUGUGGCACAAGGUGUACAGACAUCACAGUUUUCAUUUCAGAUCCCAAGACCUCUACAGGAAGACUAUGUUAAGAAGCGUCGUCCAGCACCUUCACGUGAUGGUCCUUCUGAUGUUAAUCCUAUCUCAUGGGUCGCUCCAGAUGGCAAUACAGGUUUACUGCUUGGUGGACCCGGACCGUCUGCACCUUCUGAUACAGCCCCUUUAGAUGUACUAGACGGUAACGCUCCAAAGAAACCUAAACUGAUGGGUGACAGUGAUUCAGUUAUCUAAGUGAAAGUCGAUGAUUUUCAUCUUCUUUGUUUUGGGGCUUAUGAUCUCAUGAAGUCUAUGAUGCCCCAAAGCAACUUGUUGUAACUAGGAUUAUGGUUUUUUGACCAAACUUGUUUGACCAAAAAGCAUGGUUUUUUGAUGGCUAUAUGCCGAGGUUUCUGGUUGUUGGUGUAGUUUGAGUGUAGCAUGGUUUUUGGUGUAGUUUGAGGAGAUAUAUGAGCAGAAUAUAGAUAUACUCUUUAAGACUUUUGUUCUUUGUUAAGUUUAGCUGAAAAUGUUAUUGUAAGACAGAAAGAAUGCUUUUUUGGUUGAAAUAUAGUAACUUUUUUAUGGUA